AUUCAAGUACGAGACGAUAAUAGCGAGAUUGCCAUGAUCGCGAGUUUAGUAAUGCUGCUCGCCGGCUUGUGCGGCAAUAGUGCAUCACCAACGGGGACAGCACACAUGAUGGUCUCUAAGAUGAGAAUAGCCGAUCUCGAGACCUCAGCCGGGGGAUAUGCGUACAAUCAGCAAACGGGCCAUCCGGUUUCGUACAUGCGAUACACCAAUCACGGAAGCGGACGUUACUACAAUGCACCGACGCCGGUACAUUACGUCGCCGGUAGUUCUGCACCUGUUGCGCCCGCCGUUUCUGAAACUGCAUCGUCGCACGAACCCGUUCUGCUCGCAUAUGCGACUGCGAAGCGCCAAAUUGUACCGUACGCGUCGCGCCAGCCUUACCCUCACGGCGGAUUCAUUAAUUAUGGCACGGAUCAAUUAGCGAAAUACGCUCAACCGCUUGAGCCGCCUAAGCCCGCUGCUCGCGCGCCGUAUUACACGCCGGGCGUAUUUAAAUCAGACAGAACGGACGCAGACACUGUUAAAAGAAGCGAUAAUAAGGAGAAUGAGGAGAAUGAAAAAGAUUAUUAUGACAACGAUGACGAGAAUAAUGAUGACGAUAAAGAAGACGAUAAAGGUCACGUGACGGAGAAUCACGAGAAAGCAGUUGAUUUUAUAGCAACCCAUCCUUUUCACGAUUCCGACAACCCUCGGCCAAAUAUCGACGUUUCGCUUAAACUCGGCGAAAAGUAUUCCGCCGCGCAGAAUUUUGCUCAUGGAGAAAAGGGUGACAAAGGGUACAACAAACGAAUGGAAUUUGACGUGGGUGAACGCGUGCAGCAUGAUAAAAACAGGCAACAAGAACAUUAUGAUAUUGAAAGUGAGAACAAAAAAGGGUACAGCGACACGGCCGGAAAUUAUGGACGCUACGAUGAAACUGAGAAUGGCGAGAAGGGUAGCAGCUAUGGGCAAACAUCGUACCACAAAAAGGGCCAAAAAACCAGCGGCUUUCAUAAAGUUUACCACAAGGAUGAAUAUAAAAAGCAUACCGAUUUCUAUGACGAAAGCCACAAGAAAGGUUAUUUCGACAAGCACGUUGCUACUGACGAACAUCAUAAUGCUAACGAGGGUAAUUUCAAGAAAGGUGGACAUCAUGAAUCCAAGUUUGAUCAUCAAACUAGUGGAAAGAAAGCAUUUCGUGAUAAAGAGCAUAUACAAAAUCGCGAUCAGGGUUAUAAUAAGGAAAAAGGCGAAAAUUCUUAUCAUAAUAAUUAUGAGGAUUAUGGCUCCGAUGCAGGCACAGGUUUGAUUAGGCAGCAUAAAUAUGAAGAAGCUAGUUAACACUAUUAAUUAAUAUCGCAGACUAUUUAAUGCUAAUGUAAUUUAUCUUUUGUUUUAUAUAUCGAUUAUAGACAUAAUAAAAUGAAAAAAAAAUUAUAAACGAAUAUUUUGAUGAAAUAAAUUUUCGGUCCAUUAUAAACAAGUAUUGGCAGUGUCGAUUGAAUAAUGCUUAUAACAAAAUUAUAUUUUAUAAUUAAAAACAAACAUUGCAAAUAUAAUUAUAAAAUAAAUUUUGAGAAUAAAUGUAGUU